CCCACAUACGUACCUCCUCUUUUACAUGUAUUCACUGCCUACGCUAUAAAUUCUUCGUCUCACUAUUAACGAAAUGUUCUAUAUCCUAAUAUAAUACGACGUGUGCCGUUUUGGAGGAUUAUUUGGUGUUGUUACGAGAAGGUGAAUGUCUUUCUUCGUAUUUCAUAAGGUGCAUAUUAGGUUUCCGACGUACCGAUUGGCCCUGACGAUAUGACAUCUGCAAUGAUGGAUAUGAUUGGUCAGUUCUGCCGGCUGGUGGUCCUUCGAUCUGGUACCACCGUUGCGUGGAAUCUGAUGAGGGGCACCGCGGGCAAUGCGGGCAAUGCGGGAGUAGUACCUAUAAGCUCAGGCUGCUUAAGGAGUUUUACUACGUCUAGAAGCUGCGCAGCUUCUACUUGCAGCACAUCUCCUGCAUUUUUCUCAAAACAACAAAAUCAACCAACGAGACAAUAUACAACUUCGACAAUACCCGGACGAUUUGAUUGCUUUUUUAAGUCAUUGGAUAAAAGUCACAAGACAGUUAAACCCUGUCGACGGUUCACUUCAACACCUGCCAAUUUCGUCAUCAACCCGGCCAACCAAGCUCGAGAUUCGCAUCAUCAAUCUAAAGACAGAUCCAGACAAACAAGACCCCACCUUAACUCAUACCAUAAUACCACCGCACGUGUAUCUAUUAGUACCUAUAGUACAUAUAGUACUACUAUUAGUACCAAUCGUACAAAUAAGACUAAGGAUAACAUUGGCACCCGAAACCGCAGUCGCUUCUUCAACAACUCUCUUGGCCGUCUAUUCUCCUCCUCUUCCAGAGUAUCUUGUUCAGCCAUCAUCCCUUCGUCCAUCAUGGCAGAUCGAGACGUUCUCCCCUCUACCGUCACCCCUUCUCAUUAUGACCUCAACAUCUCCUCUCUAAACUUUAAUGACUGGUCCUAUAAUGGAAACGUGACCAUCGACGUUUCUAUUACUGAACCCGUCAAGGAGAUUGUUAUCAAUUCUAUAGAGCUCAAGUUACUUACUGCUAAGAUCGUGUCUGACCCCACCAAGGCUACUCAAUCCCUAGAGACAACUACGUUCAACUAUGAUGAGAAGAAGCAGCGUGCAGCUCUCGUCUUCGCCGACGAGGUUCCAGCCUCGCAGAAGGCCACUCUUCAGAUCACCUUCCAGGGAACCAUGAACAACGACAUGGCCGGCUUCUACCGAAGCAAGUACAAGCCCAUCGUCCCCGCAGCCGCUUCGGUUCCAAGAGACGAUACCUUUCACUACAUGUUGAGCACCCAGUUUGAGGCCUGCGACGCCCGCCGAGCCUUCCCUUGCUUUGAUGAGCCACGAUUGAAGGCAACUUUCGAUUUUCAGAUCGAAAUUCCCGAGGAUCAGGUUGCGUUGUCCAAUAUGCCUGCCAAGAGCUCUUCUAAGACUCGCGAUGGUUUUGUGUCGGUUGCCUUUGAAAGAACACCGGUCAUGAGUACUUACCUUUUAGCCUGGGCUAUCGGAGACUUCGAGUAUGUUGAGGCCUUUACCGAACGAAAGUAUAACGGCAAGCAAAUCCCCGUACGUGUCUACACUACCCGUGGAUUGAAGGAGCAAGGUCGAUUUGCUUUAGAACACGCGCCGAAGACCAUCGAUUUGUUUUCCGAAAGCUUCGGUAUCGAUUAUCCCCUUCCAAAGUCUGACUUGCUCGCCGUCCACGAAUUCACGCACGGGGCCAUGGAGAAUUGGGGUCUCGUGACCUAUCGUACGACAGCUGUUCUUUUCGACGAGAAGACUUCAGAUGCUAGAUACAAGAACCGCGUUGCAUAUGUCGUUGCCCACGAGUUGGCUCAUCAAUGGUUUGGCAACCUUGUCACCAUGGAUUGGUGGGACGAGCUCUGGCUAAAUGAAUCUUUCGCUACGUGGGCGGGUUGGUACGCUGUCAACGAGUUUCAUCCCGAUUGGCAAGUUUGGGCCCAGUUCGUGAACGAGGGAAUGGAAAUGGCAUUCAAGCUUGAUGGAAUGCGUGCCUCCCACCCUGUUCAUGUCCCGGUGAAGGAUGCUCUAGAUGUAAAUCAGAUCUUCGACCACAUCAGCUACCUUAAGGGAUGCUCUACAUUGAGAAUGCUAGUUAGUCAGCUUGGAGAGAAGACUUUCCUCCAGGGAGUUGGCAUGUAUUUGAGGAAGCACGCUUACGGUAACGCCAAGACCGAGUACCUCUGGCAAGCACUAACAGAGGCAUCUGGGACCGACGUCACUGGCUUGAUGGGUAACUGGAUAGAGAAGAUUGGGCAUCCAUUGUUGACUAUUGCUGAGGAGCCUGGCCAGAUUUCCAUUAAACAGAAUCGAUAUCUAUCGACCGGUGAUGUGAAGCCUGAAGAGGAUGAGACUGUAUGGUGGGUACCGCUAUCGUUGCAAGGCAAGGUCGGACAACAGGAUAUCCAGAGAUUCGCUCUCACCGAAAAGAGCACAACAAUCCGUGACAUCGACGAUGACUUCUAUAAGAUCAACAGCAACGCUACCGGCUUCUACCGAACCAACUAUCCUCCAGCACGUCUCGCAAAACUUAGCACUCAACUCGAUCGCUUAAGUAACGAAGACAAGAUCUCCAUCAUUGGUUCCGCAGCGGACUUGGCGUUUUCCGGCUACGGCACUACUCCUGCUCUUCUUGCUUUCAUCAAAGGUUUCGGAGGUGAGACCAACCACCUUGUUUGGGCACAAGUUCUAGAUUCCGUAGGACUAGUCAAGACCAUCUUCGGAGACGAUGACGAAAUCAAGCGCGGCCUAGAGCAGUUCACUCUUAAGCUUGUCAACGAUGCGGUGGAGAAGAUCGGAUGGGAGUUUCCAGAGGGUGAGGACUAUCUCACAGGCCUGCUGCGUAAGCGACUUCUGCUUAGCGCUGCCGCAAACGGCCAUCAGGGAGUAACCGAAAAAGCAAAGUCACUGUUCAACUCUUGGGUUGAGAAAGGAACUCCCCUACACCCAAACCUAAGAACCGUAGUCUACCGUACCGCUGUUAAGACCGACCCGGCCAAGGCAGUGGAGGUUCUCAAGAAAGAAUGGUACACCGGCGCAGCCAUUGAUGGCAAGGAGGUUUGCCUCGCUUCACUAGGCCACGUCCGCGACCCCGAAAUCAUCUCCAAGAGCCUACUUCCCUUUAACUGCGAUCUGUCACCACCCGCACCCCCAUCGGAGUCCGUGCCUUCAGGCGACAUGCACUCCCUCGGCAGCGCCCUGUCGACCAACUCCGUUGCACGCCCCAUCCAGUGGACGUAUAUUCAGAACAACUGGGAGAAACUAACCACCAAAAUGGCCAACCCGGUCGUCCUAGAUCGCUUCGUCAAGCUCACGUUGCAGAGGUUCACCGAUACGAAGUACAUCGACGAGAUCGACGCCUUCUUCAAGGACAAAGAUACUAGUGCCUUCGAUCGUACCCUCGAGCAGGUCAAGGACGCUAUCCGUGGUCGCGCGGCUUAUCGCGAGAGAGAUGCUAAGGUCAUCAAGGAUUGGUUGAGUGCGAAUGGGUAUCUCCAAUAGAGGGAUGCAUCUAUGGCGGGGGGUUAAACAUCCAUAUCUCACGUGCUUCAGAUGACAUCAUGGAUGCAUUAGGCAGUACCUAAGAAUCUUGCAGAUAAUUCUUCGCUGCAAGAUCUUUGAUACUGUAUCAAGGUGUAGAUAGCCCAGAGGCAGAUAAACACCACAAUGAAUAUAUCAAAUACCCUAUGAAAG